AUGCGGACGGGGGCAAGGUCGGAGGCGAAGUGGCCUUCUCCGCCGCCGGAGUGCCCGGGGCGCAAGCGCGAAGCACUCCCAGUACGGUACAAGCGACACAAUUCCAGGUUAUCAACAGAGCUGAAACGUGGAUUGAAAAACAAACCUACGUUCAAACCGUUAACCGUCUGCGUCAUUUCCGUGCAACCGUUUCUACGAUUUUUGUCUUUUACUCUCCUCGGAGCCAGACAGAGCGUCGUGGUCGUUUUAUCCUGUCAGUCUGUGAACAUAACUCCCAGUGUUCAUUCUCGAGCGACCACAUUUAAGGGCUCCAACAGGAUGAAGCGCUGUCUCGGAUAUAUACUCCUGACUACCAUGGCGUGUUCUAUGACAUACUACUUCAUGAAUCCACAAAUAGUCGAGUAUUCCUUCCGGUUGAAUAGUAUAUCAGAGCCCUCAACCACGCAAUAUUUUCCUUGGUGGCGUGAGGUUUUGUGUGAAGGAACAAGCCAACAAGGUUCCCGGAUGUUAGAAUUGCCUUGGCUACAGAGAGACGUUGAGCCUCCGGAAAGUGAUGACAAUAUCUUCCUCGUCGAAACAGCGUGUAAAACGACGCCUUCCUUUCGCGUUUGGUGUGCCAUUGAAAGUUGGAGUAGACAAAAUCCUUCUUCCCAGGUCUGGUACGUGAUGACGUCCCUGACAGUCAAUGACACGGACGGCCUCGUGUCACGCCUACAGGAGCAGUACAGCAACCUCAGAAUCGUUGGCGCGGACGUCGAGAAGAUCUUCGAAGGCACUGGGCUGAGCGGUCUCUUCUCGUCCAGGAAGUGGGUCAUGAAUGCGAAAUGGCCGGCGGUGAAGCUGAGUGAUCUUAUACGAGUGGCUCUCUUGUGGCGCUGGGGCGGCUUCUACACGGACACGGAUACGGUCUGCAUCAAGGACGUGUCCCCGCUGCGCAACGUCAUAAGUUUUAGCAACAAUAAACGGAAUUUGAUCAGCAACGGCGCUUUUCAGUUCCAUCAUCACCACAAGUUCCUCGAGCUUUUGAUGGAAGUGCAAACGAAGAGUUUUAAGGUGCGUUUUACGUUUCGGUGUAACGAGUGACCACCGAAAGCCACCAGAUGUAAGGGUAAGAGAGAUAGUCUUGAGGCGGUCAAUGAAAGGGGUCUUAGCUUGCUGGUUUAUUGUUGAAGAUAGAUAUAAGAACCCCCCCCCCCCCCCCCAAGGACGUGCUGAUGGAGCUGGACCCUAUGUGGCUUGGCCUCUCUGUCUUGUCUCUCCCUUCGUCUUACGCACGUGUCCUUUUAUGCAGCGGUUCCCUUCGACGGCGGAUGUUUAUUCCUGUGCGAAAAGAGAAAGCCGGGUCCUGCCCAAAGAGAAGGGCAGCUGCUUAGACGGAGGUGUACCACCCGGUCUUGUUACGAAUUGUUGGCAUCGCUCGGCCACGCGCAAGGCUCGUCCUUGAGCCGUCUGCAACGCUUGAAACGCUUCAGUAGCGCAUAGGGGUACAGGUUCUUUUCGGUAUCUACAGAUAGUUCCUGGUGAUUCGAUGGUCGCUAGGAUCGUCGCGUGCCAGGGUAGCGGGUUUCGCACUGAGGUGCAAUCGUUUUCAGAGGCUGAAAUAUAAGUGUACCAGGCCAGUAAAAGGGUAAAGGAGGAGGAUGAUAAUGUGUUUGUCAGGAUUAGCGAGUUCUGUAGAGUAACAUCAUACUGAAAAGAGAAAAAAUAAUUGGACAAGAAUUCCAUUUCUUUGGGCUAAAUAGGCAAGUAUAUAUGCUUCGAACAAAUAGGCAGCUGGGCCUGAACUUAAUCCUAACAGUGCGCUUCUCGGGCGCGUCUCGGCGCUUCAAUCGUAUAAGCACAAGUGUGCGGCGGGCGCAGGAUUCCUUCGUCUACGGCCAUGAGCCGGGCAUAAAAUCAACUUGCGGUAAUAAUCUAACACUGCGUGUCUCGGGCGCUACAAUCGUGUGAGCGUAAGUAACUUCUCGGUGCGGCGGGCACAGAUUUCAUUCGUUUACGGCCAUGACCAGGGCCUAAAAUUAAUUUGCGGUGAUAAUAACUAUGUAAGCCUAUAUGAAGUAUGGUGUCUAUAGUGCGUUACCAGCGUUAUAAUUAUUUGCAACAGAAGAGACUACCAUCAGUCAGAUACACCAAUUCCUUAAACUAAAGAAGUAUAAAUUCAAGCAUAGAUGAGGAUAACAUAUCGAACUUCGAGAGGACGUCAUGAAAGCGAUUUGGGUUCAGUUAUAAGUCCUAGGGAUGUCACUUAGUAAAAUUCAUAAUCCAAGAGUGAAUUCUGUGUAGAGUAGGCUAGUAGAGUGGACCUAAGGCAAGUAAUCGACAUGUAUCUUAAAACUAUGUGUGACAAAAGCGAACGAUGAGCGUGGGAAGUAUAAGAAAAUACAGACGUGAUUGGUCAGGACGAAGUAUUAGAGUAGACGUGGUGCGGGUAGGCGCGAUCGAAGAAGACUUGGUAGCGAAGGCUGGGCGUUAAACGAGGCGAGGAGGCACUUCGACAGGAGUAGCUUGUCGGCAGAUAGCGUGGGUCGGCAGCAGGCGUCACCGCUUCAUUCAGAUGUAACGAGUGACCACCAUAAGCCACCAGAUGUAAGCGUAAGAGAGAUGGUCUUGGGACGGGUCAAUGAAAGGGGUCUUAGCUUGCUGGUUUAUUGUUGAAGAUAGAUAUGAGAUCCCCAAGAGAUCCCGUGUCCCCGGGUGGAUGGCGAGGUUUUGGAGCUGGACCCUGUGUGGCUUGGCCUGUCUGCCGUGUCUCUCUCUCCGUCUUACGCACGUGCCCUUUCAUGCGGCGGUUCCCUUCGACGGCGGAUGUUUAUUCCUGUGCGAAAAGAGAAAGUCGGCGACAUCUGCGUCCUGCCCAAGGAGAAGGGCAGCUGCUUGGACGGAGGUGUACUACCCGGUCUUGCUACGUAUCGUUACAUUAUUAUUUGAUAUGAUAAAUAGAUAAAAAAAAAAAAAAAAUAUAUAUAUAUAUGUGUGUGUGUGUGUGUGUGUGUGUGUGUGUG